UGAUGCCUGUUUUACAGAUCCUCUGAUAAAAUAGAAGUGUAGAUUGCUUUAGAUUUCAUUUCAAUCGAUCCUCCGGCAUGUCACCUCGCAAACAUGCACAAAAGUUGUGUCGCUUAACCUUUAUAUCCAUGCAGUUUCUCGAUGCCUCAGACGAGUUGCGUUACCCAACGCAACGCAUUUUACUUAUUGAUUGCUAGUCCUUUUCCAUUCCUAAUUUAGAUAUUUUUAACCUCCAUCCAGAUAGAGAAGAUGUGUCUUCGACUGGGGAAGUCAUAACAAAAGAAUGCACAGAGAGCUCCUCUAAAAUGUCAGAUGAAGCAAAUAGUAUUAACGCAGCUCUACCCAGCUUAUUGAAAGCUUUAGAUGAAUGCCGGACGUCACUUCCAGCCACCAAUGAAGCGUUUAAUUUUAUCACUGGUGUUCUGAAGUCCCGCGAACUUAACGCACUUGUGAAUGUGCAUAGUCAAAUCUCUAAUAGAGUCAAUGACGACAGUUUCCAUCCAAUUGUUUCUAAUGGACUCCAAAUUGCUGCUGAUGUCCUAGACUUAUUAACAACCAGGAAAAAUUUGUCAGCUGAUUUUGAAGAAAUUUGUUCCUUGUUGAAGAAACCACACAUUCAGAGAUUACUGGAUGCUCAUGAUGCUGUAGCUCAGAAGGAUUACAACCCUCGACUAUCAGAGUUACCACCCGAUGUUGACAAGGAUGAAGAAACAAUUAAAAUUGCUCAACUAGUAAAAAGCGAUGAACCUUUGGGGUCUGCUCAAAGUGCCGAGCCUAUUGUGGGUGCAACUAUAGCAACAGAUGAGCAAACUGGAAAGUAUGUUGUUGCUAGGGUCUUCCAUGGAGGUGCCGCAUAUCGAUCAGGACUUAUCCAUGUGGGCGAUGAGGUUUGGGAAGUUAAUGGCAUCAAUGUAGAGUGGAAGCCUCCAAGUGAUGUGUUAAAAAUUCUUCAAAACUCUGAAGGCACAAUCAAAUUCAAGCUUAUUCCAGCUGACAGAAAACUUGGUCACUGUGAAAGUAAAGUCCGAGUUCGAGCCCAUUUUGAUUAUGUUGCUUCUUUAGAUCCGUUUAUUCCUUGCAAAGAAGCUGGUUUGGACUUUGUGAAAGGAGAUAUUUUACACAUCGUAAAUCAGGAUGAUGGAGAAUGGUGGCAGGCCCGAAGAGACGGGGAUAGAACUACUCGUGCAGGACUUAUUCCAAGCAGGGCACAUCAAGAAAGAAUGAUUUUACGUGAAAGGUCUCAGAUUGGAAAACGUGCUGACCAAGGCCCUGAGUCCCCAACAGGGCUGUGUCUUGUUUCAGCAUUUUCUCCUUCCCUUGCUUCCCUGACCGGCUGCAAAUCCUCUCUUCAAUUAUCACCCCAUUGUGCCUCUCGGACCAAAACUAAGAAGAUUAUGUAUGACUCUACAGAGAAUGAUGAUUUUGACCGUGAAGAAAUUCCCACGUACGAAGAAGUGGCCAAGUUAUAUCCUAGGGCUGGAAUUUACCGUCCCAUUGUAAUGAUUGGGCCACCUGGUGUUGGACGCAAUGAACUUCGUAGAAGGUUGAUUGCAACAGAUGCAGAAAAAUACCGCACCCCUACACCUUUUACCUCCCGGCCCAUGAGGCCUGGUGAAGUAAAUGGAAAAGAAUACUACUUUGUGACCAGAGAAAAAAUGGAGGAAGAUUCUGAGGCUGGAAAUUUUAUUGAGUUUGGAGAGUACAAAGGAAAUUUGUAUGGCACAUCUGUCGAAAGUGUUAAGAUGCUUGUGGGGGCCGGACAUGUUUGUAUAAUGAAUCCUCAUUACCAAGCUCUGAAAAUGCUGCGUACACCUCAGCUGAAACCUUUCAUCAUUUAUAUAAAGCCUCCAGCAUUUGAUGUUUUAAAAGAAACAAGGGCUGUAGCCUAUGCAAGAUCAACUUUUGAUGAAAACAAUUCAAGAGGUUUCACUGAUGAUGAAUUUAAGGAGAUACUUCAAAGUGCAGAACGUAUUGAGUUUUUGUACAGUCAUCUGUUUGAUGAAAUUAUUGUAAAUGCAGAUUUGUCUGCUGCAUUUGAACAGCUUGUUCGAGCUGUGAAUAGAGUGGAAAAUGAACCUCUGUGGGUACCAGCAUCAUGGGUGCAGUGAUGCUUUGUUCAUUUAAAAUGGCACAGUGUGAUGUUUAUAAGUUAUGCUGUAGCAUAGUUGUAGCUGUGAAGACGUGUGAAGAGCAAGACUAAACUUCCCCUGGUGCAUUGUGCAUCAUCUUGUUCUUCCAUGGCCCUUACAUCUGCUCAAUAAAUUGGUUGGGUAUUCCAAGUUAGUCAUGCUAUGUAAUCUAGUCAAGUGUUGUUGCAAUAUUUUUAUAAAACUUAUGUCACUACCUAACACAUUGACUGUGUCAUGAGUCAUUCAUUAUUGAACUAGCAAAGCCUUUAUAUUUUUAUUUUUUAGGUUUUUAUAAAAAUCAAGAAUACCCUUUUUUAAUAAUAUUUGAGACAUUACUUUAAAUCUUGUCACAAAAAUAAGUGUUUUAAUUUAUUUUUAUUUUGCUUAUGUUGACAUGCAAUGCAAGCUUUUUGGAGUCUCUUUCUCAGCUGUUUGUUGGGGCAGUCAGCGCCAUUUUUGUGUGCCAAUUUAAUCACCACCAAAUGCUUAGGUAGGUUCACAUUCUGUGAUGUAAAGCAAGGUUAUGUUUUAAAAUUUAUAGUCCUACUAGUUUUUUCUAGAAAUGUGACUAUUCCAGUUUGGUACUUCACCAUGUAGGAUAAAGUGCUGACAUUUCAGAGAUCUCCUCUCCCUUCAUUCUUAACUGCAUACGUCAUAAUACAAGUAUUAAUGUUGGAUUGAAGUCAGAGAGGUGUGGCAGGAACAGUUUUAGGUGAUAUCUUUCCCUCUUAUAAACAUGCUUUUUUACUUCAUGUUCUUAUUAAAAUUUUCUUAAAAAUAACUUUUGUGAUUAUAUAUCUUUUAUUAAAAGAAAAAGAACAAUCUAGCUUUAUAAAAUCACAACCUUUUCUCAUAAUUUGUGCAAUAUUUAGGUACUUCCUGUUUCUUGUUAUAAUUUUUUUUUUUGUGAUGUGGAUGUCUUCAAUCCCAACAGUCGGCAGGCUGUCUGGUUUAUCUCUGUGGCAAUACAGCCCUGACAUUGUUCUGUUCUACUAGCUUCAUAGGAUCCUAUUCUAACCCUCAACCCCUUUUUUCCCCUUAUGUCUAACAAUUUCUCUUUGAUCAUUGACUCAUUUUCAUGUGCAUAUGCAAUUGAAAUCAUCAAUUUUUUUGUUGUUGUUAAACGAAUGCAAAAUGUGCAUUGAUCAUAAUGUUGUUUUUUUUUUAAUUGUUAAUUUUUUUUUUUUCUGUUUAUGUCAUAAGGAUCAAAUUGAAGCAACACUAAUUGUUAGUUUUAACUGCAAGGAAUUGUCUCGUAGUACUCAUGAAUCGUACUAUGAAUCAGUAUCUAUAAGCAAUCUUUAAUAAUCAUGUGAGACUCAAUCAUGUAUCACGUUAUAUCAAUCAUGUACAUUGUUUGCAAGUCUGAUUCUAAAGCAGUCAAAUGCCAUGUUUGUCAUUGUUAUUACUUGUGUAAGUGAAAUAUCCUAGCUUUAUAUGAUUUCUUUGACCAUAAAUUCAAAAACUUAUAAGAUUCUUGGGUUUUACUUUUUGCAUCAUGAAAGUUAUCAAAAGAGUUUGAGCUUUAUCAUCUCCCUAGAUUGUUAAAAUAAUCGAGUCCUUUUCAAAUUUCUAAUCUUUACAGCACAUAUUGUUUGCUUGCACCAAGAUUUAUGAAGUUCAUAGAAUUGUUUGUAUUUAUUUUGUUAGACGUGUAUUAACUGUUAUGUACAUAAUUGAAUGUUGAAAGUGAAUCUUCCGUUUCUCUGACUUACUUGAAAUUGAAGUUGCUAGUGCCUGAAUAUAUGACCUUGCCUUCCUAAA